CCAGUAACGUCCGAGAAUACCUGUAACGUCAUGAUUCAUGAUAUAUAAAAAAAUUGCGGCAUUCCGUGCGCCAAUAAUUCCGUGGAAUUUCAAAUUUAUAACCUUAAAAUAAACGUAACUGAUAACCUAUAAAUGGAUGAAAACAAUUUAUAUAAGUCCUUUAAUGAAUUGAUUGAAGAAAAUGAAGGAUGGAUUUUGACAAAAAAUGAACAUGGAAAAGUAAAAGUUUCUUCUUGUAAAGAAGACGAGACAAAUAUCUAUGAGAAAACAAGAGAUUGGUUAGUUAUCGGAUUUAAUAAAACAAGAAUUGAUUUGCUGCAACUUCCAAAACCUGAAUUAGGAAAAAUUGUAAAUUUAUUUAUUAGAGAUUUGUUGAAUUCAGAAAGAAAAAAUGGAUAUUUUCUAUUUAAAAGUGUCCCAUAUGUUGAAGUAUUUAUUUGUGGUACAUUAGUUUCUUUUUAUGUGAAAAACAAUAAAUAUUAUACAAUAGUUGAUGAUGGGACGAGCUGUAUAAAAUGUAUAAUAUCAAAAGAUCAUCUCUCAAUACUUAAAGAAGACGAGGACUCAAAUUCUUCGAUUGAAAAAAGUGCAAGCAGUGUUACCAUGAAAGCAGCAACCAUGACAAAUGUUUCUAAAACCUCUUUGAGAAACUCUGUUCCUGAAUUCAGUGAACUAGAGCUGGGAAGUAUAAUCAAAAUUAUUGGUACUAUAGAUGAAUAUGAUGGAAAUAGGUAUAUUUUCCCAAAGAAAAUUGUAAAAGAACCGAAAGGGACAAUAUUUCACUGCACCCACCUCGAGAAUUUGAUACAGCAGUAUACAGAAACAUUCAACAAAUAACUCUUAGUAUUCAUAUAAAUUGAGAGAAAUGAAUGAAGUCAGAUUCAAAUGAUUUGUGAUGUGUGCUUCUUUAGUUUCAAAAGUAAAUAAGCGAACUGAAUAUUUUCCAGUCAAUUUUAA